AUGAUGGGACCCCCGCGGAAAAUGCCGUCACGGCCUUCGGCGUCUAGGAUUAGUUAUGACAAGGCCGAGCGGAGCUCUAGCGCACCGCCUAGUUAGUUCUUCUGACUGCAUAAAGCUUUUCUAUCUUACUUGACGACUUGACAUAGCUAAUCAGUCAAAACAUUGUGAUUCGAAUAAUGCAAUCGACUUGCUUUUUUUAAUUUUGAAAUUAUUGCAGGAAGCUUUCUACGAACUUGUUCUGAUCAGACCAUGGAAAUUCGACGGAAACUUGAAGUGCAGUUUGAUAUCUAAAUAAUUAUUUUUCAAUCAUUUUCUUUUAGAACGUCUGGAUCAUACGAUCGAAAAAUGGGAACGUAUUGGAAAAAGAAUCUCUCGACUACUACUGGAACGUCAGGUUUCGAAGGUUUCAUUUUCGAAAAAUCUUAUAAUGAGGAAAAAGAAGGCUUAGCGUGUACAAAUUUCAUCGCGAUUGCGAUAAAUAAUCGAUUAUGAUUCGAAGCCGCAGACACUUUUGCUGCGGAAAAAUAAUUUAACUCUACGAGCAGCUCUUUUGAUACAACCUUUUUUUAUCCUCUUUUCCGGUGGUAUGUUACGUAUGUAAAAAAGCCAGCGAACUUUUGAACGGCGACUUUUCCGAUUUUUUUGUGUAUCGCUAGGGAGUUCCGACGGCCACCUUUCCGCCGAAUCCCUUUCCGACUUUUUCCCUCAUAUUUUUCGGUUUAUAAAACAUCUAUUAGCAUUUUUUUCAUAUUUCUUUGUGUUUUAAAAAUGAAAAACUCACCUACUUUAUAUGAGAAGAUUUAAAAUGAGGUUUUUAUCGAGAAAAAGUCGGGAAAAAGUUCGUCGUAAAAGUGGCCGUCGGAAAGUUCUCUAGCGAUAUGAAAAAAUCGGAAAAAUCGUCGUUCGAAUUUUCGGUAGUCUUUUUUCAUACCACCUCUUUUUCCGCAUUUGAAAGUCUUUCAUCUUUGAAAAUUUCAGUUGAUCGCGAUGAAAAUAAAUGCGCCUUCCUUGACCGAAUUCGCGGCAACUUCUUCAGACGAUGCCGGACGGAGUUAGAUCAACUACGAGGCCGGCUAAACAAUGCCAGGUACCAGUCCAAUGCUCUUAAAAGCAGCUGA